UCAAAACACUGCCUGAAGGACGCAGAGCUGCGGUUCGGAACCGGGCUGAGAAACCAAAUCCAGUCGGUACCGGUCCUGGGUGGAGAUGUAACAUCCCGGAUGUGGGGAAACGGCGUCCUGUAGUUCUACGUUAGAAGCCGUCGUAGCCUACAUAUACAUACGUAGCCUACGUAUUUAAAUGUGAUGUAGCCGAUACGCACUGGCUGGACAGGCGGUGAAGAGAGGUCGCUGACGGACUGUGCGUAAUGCUGAGUGGACAGCAGUAUUUCUCGCUGUAUGUUUCAGCCUACACGGGCUAUUGACAAGAGAUUUGCACUUCUUCUGCAGUGCAGCUCGUCAUUAGAACCAGAUGCUCUCCGCCGGACCGGAGCCGUUCAGUUUCAUGCCGUCCAAGCCGACCGGAGCCUGAGCCGAAGGAUGCAGGUUAAAAAUCAGAUCUGCACGGAGCGGAGCAGCACCGACGACCCGGAGCAGGAUGACAACCAGAAGAAGACCUCGUGUUUUUCCAACAUAAAGAUUUUCCUGGUGUCGGAAUGUGCGCUCAUGUUGGCACAGGGCACCGUGGGCGCUUAUUUGGUAAGUGUUCUGACCACUCUGGAAAGACGCUUCAACCUCCAGAGUGCAGAUGUGGGUGUCAUUGCCAGCAGCUUUGAAAUCGGCAACCUGGCCCUUAUCCUGUUUGUCAGCUACUUUGGCGCCAAGGCCCACAGACCCAGACUGAUUGGCUGCGGCGGGAUUGUCAUGGCGUUGGGGGCACUGCUGUCAGCCCUGCCGGAGUUCCUGACUCAUCAGUAUGAGUACGAGGCCGGGGACUCGUGGCACGCCGAGGACGGCAGGGACGUCUGCUCCAACACCACCAGGUCAGAAAACCGAGACUCUGGGUUUAAAUGUGGCAACAGAGCCAACACCAACAUGAUGUACCUUCUGCUGAUCGGAGCCCAGGUUCUGCUCGGCAUUGGAGCCACACCGGUCCAGCCUCUGGGAGUGUCCUACAUCGAUGACCAUGUCCACAGGAAGGACUCCUCGCUGUAUAUAGGUAUUUUAUUUUCAACAUUAGUGUUCGGUCCGGCCUGUGGCUUCAUCUUAGGUUCUGUCUGUACCAAAGUCUACGUGGAUGCAGUCUUCAUCGACACUAGUAAGCUGGACAUCACCCCAGAUGACCCUCGCUGGAUUGGGGCGUGGUGGGCUGGCUUCCUCCUUUGUGGUGCCUUACUCUUCCUGUCGGCUCUCUUCAUGUUCGGCUUCCCCCAGGCGCUGGACGAGCAGGACAUGGACGGUGGAGGGGAGAGUGAGCAGGCCAUGCUGCCUUCUUCCCUGACCAUGGAGUACCAGGGCUCUAAACCCAACGGGGCCAUUCAUGGCUUUGAUAUAAACAGCGGACUCUCAGUUUGUGAGCAUCUGAGAGUAAUCCCCCGGGUAACCCGGCACCUUCUCUCCAAUCCGGUGUUCAGCUGCAUCACGCUGGCAGCCUGCAUGGAGAUCGCUGUGGUUGCUGGCUUUGCUGCCUUCCUGGGAAAAUACCUGGAGCAGCAGUUCAACCUUACCACCUCCUCAGCCAAUCAGCUGCUAGGUAUGACAGCCAUCCCCUGUGCCUGUCUGGGUAUCUUCCUGGGGGGGCUGCUGGUAAAGAAGCUGAACCUGUCAGCUCUGGGCGCUGUCCGCAUGGCCAUGAUGGUCAACCUGGUGUCCACUGCAUGCUACGUCUCUUUCCUCUUCUUGGGCUGUGACACUGGACCUGUCGCCGGUGUUACUGUAGCCUAUGGCAACGAGACAUUGCUUUCCUGGCAGCGACCUGAGUCAGCGUGCAUCAAUAACUGUAACUGCUACACAGCAUCAGUGAGUCCUGUCUGUGGUUCCAAUGGAAUCACCUACCUCUCAGCCUGCUUCGCUGGCUGCACCAAACCAAACCUGACCGGCUGCACGUGUAUAUCCAGCACCAGUGAAGAUGCGGUGGCUUUACCAGGGAAGUGUCCCAGUCCAGGCUGUCAGCAGGCCUUCCUCACCUUCCUUUGUGUUAUCUGUGUGUGCAGCAUGAUCGGAGCUAUGGCCCAGACACCCUCUGUCAUCAUCCUUAUCAGAACUGUAAGUCCAGAGCUGAAAUCUUAUGCCCUUGGAGUUCUGUUCCUGCUCCUGAGACUGAUAGGCUUCAUCCCUCCACCUCUGAUCUUCGGCAUGGGCAUUGACUCCACGUGUCUGUUCUGGAGCUCUGUCUGUGGCGAGAAGGGAGCCUGCAUGCUGUACGACAACGUGGCCUACAGGCAUCUGUAUGUCAGCAUAGCCAUCGUCCUCAAGUCCUCGGCCUUCGUCCUGUACACAACCACGUGGCAGUGUUUGAGAAAGAACUACAGGAAAUACAUCAAGAACAGCGAGGGUUACCUCACACCCACUGAACUCUUCGCCUCCAAUGUGACUCUGGACAAUUUGGGCAAGGAGAUCACCCAGAACCCAGCCAACAGGACAAAGUUCAUAUACAACCUGGAGGACCAAGAGAUGUGUGACAACAUGGAGUCAGUUUUAUAGUGGCUGUCUGCUGGCACUGCAGACUGGAGCUGAGGCUGUAAAUGUGCAACUGAUCUGAUGUUCCUUUGGUGCCGUAUCAGUGUAGAAGAAUGUUCUCAGUAAGGGUCUUAUCUUCUUCUCACAUAAAACAUCAGACAUAAUGAAAAAAACUGAAGAGAUGUUUCUCAAAAUGUUCUAUAUCCACAUUGCACUUUUUUACUAAACUACAGGUUUUUUUUUUACAUUUCCUUAAUUUGACAGCAGAAUAGAGAUUGACAGCAAACAGGGGAACGAAACGACAUGGAUUGACACCCCCGAAAUGAUCUUCUUUAGUUCAACUUCAUUAACAGUUCAGUUCAAAUUGCUGUCAUAUUAGGUUUAGAUUAAUUAGGAGACCAGAGCUCUGUGAGAAGCAGAAAUUGGACAUUUUGGUUAUUCAUUAGCUUUAUUAGACAGUUUAUGUUUUAUAGAAGGAAGUGCUUCUCAGAUCCAGAUGCCAGAUAGAAAGGAUGACAGUUAUCAUAGUUGUUCCUAAUAACUGAUGCAUAUUUUAGCCCAUGGUUGGAGUACUUUUCCAGACAAACAGAACAUACAUUUGUAACUAUAGGCAAGCCAACUACAGACUUUUUAACGUGUGUUCCCUCAAUCAAUUCUUUAAAAGCUUUAAAAGUUUAACAUAACAAAUAGGAAAAAACAGAUAUGCAUUGACUACAGAGGCACAUCACACAAGAAGCAAAGGCAAACCAACAAAUCAGCAACAACAAGAAAUAGGAGUACAGGAAGAGGCAUAAUCCUAGUAACAUAUUACUCAACACCAGAGAGGUCUCGACUCGAGGCGGCCCUAUUUCGUGGCUAAUCGUUAAAGCCUCUGAGCAUCAGAGUCAACAUUUAAAAAAGUAUAGACAAAAUAUGGACCCCAGUUCAUUUCUAACCCAUUUUUCUUUCAUCUUAAUACAGUUAGCAGUGGAAAAUUGAUGGAAGAUGGAGUUUUGAAAAUAAAUAAUAUUUGUGCGUUUAUUGUUCAAUAUCUUCUCAAAAGUGAAGAUUACAAAAAUACUGUUACAGAAACUCACUUUUUUUUGUCACCAGUCAGUUUGCUAGAGUAGAGGUCACUGUGCCUCAAAGGGUGGAUAUUCCAUUUUGGAACCAAACUCUUCAGUUUGAGUUGCACAUAUUAUUCAGAUUGAAAAAAGAAAAAUAAGGAACAGAGUCUUUUUCAAAAGCUUUCGAUGUAAUUUGCCCGUUCUUGUUCUAGAGGUCAGUUUAGGACAUUUGUUGAAGUUAGAGGAGUGUUGAGCCAGUAUGUUAGAAUUAUCCCUUUACUGUGUCAUAGUGUGGAGUUUUGCUAUGAAUGCUGGACGAGAUUCUGAGGCAAAUGUUCUGUUUCAGAGUCACAGAAUGUUUUUUUUUCGUCUUCUUUUUUACGUCACACGAUUUUGUUGAAAUUAAGUCUUUUCGCAUUUUUAGAAAUUAGGUGCAACUUUCAAAAGUAAAUAUAAAAAAGUCCUUAUAGGGGUUUAGCUGAUGAUCUAAAAAGCAACGGACUAUGAGAGAGGAUAAAGGACUUUGGUGGCCCACCUAUGAAUAGUUGGACAAUACCUACAGUACAUGAGCUGAUUCAUUAACUGAACCUGUGACAUUUCAGUUACAUGACUAUCUCUCUAUCCACUGAUUUGACCUUACCACCAUUAUAAUUCUGCCAGGAACACUCAUGUCAAUGACAAAUGGAGACAGAAAUAUAGUUUGACUUGGUGGUGUAAUUCUACUCCUAGGGGAUGCCCCCUGCAGCAGUAAUGCAUGGAAUACACAGCAACAUGAUAAAUAACAAGCAGGGAAUAUUGCAAAUAAGACUCUCCAGGGUACAUGUAUGUAGUAGGGCCAAAGCUGGUGGAGGCUGUGGGGGAGGAGGCCUUCAACAAUACAAUCAGUAACAGCAGCAAAGCUCACAUGAGCGUACAGAGUGUGAAGGCAUUUAAGUAGAAUGCCAAGUCAAGGCACUGAGACAUGAUGAUUGUGGUAGGCUAGCUGUCAGCAGACACAGCAUAGCAUGACGCACAGUGUCCAGCCAGAAUUAGUUCAUUUAAAAGCAUGCUGGUAAUGCAUGCAAUGAUAAAAAAAAAAUAUUUAGUAUGUCACUAAGCUGCACAGACUCUGUGGUUUGGUGGCCAUGGUAAUGGUUAAAUGCAUAUUUAACUUCAGUGGCCUCUAAAUUAUAUCUAAGACCAUGGAAAAGCUUUAUAAUGCAUACUGCAUUGUGAUGUUGAAAGUUUUUAGCAAACCUCAGCUGAUUCAUAAUCACUCACACUGUAGUGAUUCUAAACACAGAUUGUUUUUUUUUUUUUAAAUGGUAAUUUUGUUUUUAGGAAUUCUAUGGGAUUCAGAUUUCUGACAUAUCCAGUUUAUAUAGAGAAUAUAUUGUUUUUCCUGGCUUACUUUGUAAGUAUUUAAUAUGUUUUGCAUCAAAAAUAUGGACCUUUGUCCAGCCACUCACCAUCACAAUAGUCUAGAUAUCAUCCCUUUGAUGUUUGGAGGUGGGGUUAAAGGAGUCAUUUUAACAUUUUGUAAAAAAAAAAAAAAGAAAAAAAAAAAAAAAGAAGCUUUUUUACUUUCUUGCCGAGAAUUAGACAAGAAGAUCGAGACCACUCUCAUAUGUACGGUAAACAUGAAGCUAGAGCUAGCACCGGCUUAGCUUAAAAACUGGAAAUAUGGGCAACGUGCUAGCCUGGCUUUGUCCAAAAGUUAAAAAAAUCCUCCUACCAACCUAAAGCUAAUUUUUUUUUUUCAAUUCAUACAAAACUGUAAAAACAAGUUGUUGCCUUUGGUGGGUUGCCUGGCAACUUCACAGUGGUGACAAGACUCCAGGAAGUCACUGCGCACCGCCAAGUAAUAGUCGUGCACGUAACCCCUCCUUCAAAGUGAAACAUGUCAGCUAUACUCCUGUUUUUUGGACAGUUUAAUCAGUUUUUAAAAAAAUUAAAUACAAGGUGUUUAUAGAUUAUCUUAAGAGAUGCUGCUAGGCAGAUUUUAUUUCCAGAGCUAGGCUAACGGUUCCCCUCAUUUUCUAUCUUUGUGCUAAGCUAAGCUAACCAGCUGCUGGUUGUACCCUAUGGACAUGAGAGUGGAACCAAUCUUCUUAUCUGACUCUCUGCAAGAAAGCAAAUUAGCAUAUUUCCUAAAAUGUUGAACUUUUCUUUUAAGUUAAAGUUCCCUGAUUCAGUCUCAUUUUAUGCUGCCGCUCAUGUUUUAUUAGUACAUUGUUUUUGUAAAUAGUGGAAUUUAUCUUGGAUCCACGCUACUCAUAUGAUGUAUUUAGUUUGGCACUUCAGUGAACAAAAAGUAUAAGAUUUAAACUAUACAUUGAUGAUGCUUCAGCAUCAUAAAUAAAGAGAAUAUUAUAUCAAAGGGGGAAAAUAGGCAGUUGUUAGAGAAUGUUGGAGAUCAACAAUGAACCUACAAAUAACACAGAGCCAUGACUAAUGUCUGCUUGGUUUAAUGGUAACUAAGAGAGUAUAAAUACAGAUUUUUAGCACAGCAGUGAAAAUUCUUAAAAUAGAAGAUUUAUUGGGCACUGAUUAGGUAGUGUUUGAAACAGUUUCCAAGCUCAAAACUUGACUGUCCCUGAUGGGAAGAUUGGCUCCUAGCAGGACAUUCAGCACAGCUGGACAUUAUGCUAAGAUGUACAAACAAUAAAAAAAAA